CAGGUGCUUGUGUAGGAAAAUCGCCUUCUCAUCAGCUCUCACUCCACAUCCACACAGUUCCUGGACCCCGGCUUCUGCUUUUGUUUCGGGUCGCCGACGCAUCAACCGUUCUCUCUCCGACGGAUCGCUGGCCUGCGGGUUCCUGCUCCUGUCUCCCGGAACCAUGUCUCCGGUAAGCCAGAAUGCUCGCGGUGGCAACGCAGAGACCACUGCAGAUUCCAGCGACCGCCAGGAUGAAAUGCAGGCUCCUAACAUUUCUGGGCCCCCUACCUCCAUGCUAGUCGCUGACGCCCCCCAGGGCCUUGGAGGCCCUCAGGCCCCAAUCUACCCUCAAGGUGCCAGCGAUUCCCUGGCCCCGCAGGACCCGAAUGACCUCGAGGUCCUGAUCGAUGAGCAGUCCCGACGUUUGGGAGCUCUCAGGUUCCACGACCCUCUAGAAGACAGGUCGAUUGCUCUGGUGAAUUUCAUGCGAAUGAAAAGCCAAACUGAGGGGUCUAUCCAGCAGACAGAGAUGCUGGAAUUCCUCAGAGAAUACUCAGAUCAGUUCCCUGAAAUCCUCAGACGUGCCUCAGCCCACCUGGAUCAGGUCUUCGGGUUGAACCUGAGGGUUCUUGAUCCCCAGGCCCACACCUACAACCUGAUUAGCAAACGGGAUCCCCAGACCACAGGUCCGUUGGCAGAGUCCCUGGACAUACCCAAGGCAAGUCUUCUGGUGUUGAUCCUGGGCCAUAUCCUCCUGAAUGGCAACCGGGCAAGAGAGGCCUCCAUUUGGGACCUUCUGUUAAAGGCUGAUGUGUUGAAUGAGUCCCAGAGGAUCAACAAUCUCUUUGGGAGCACAAGGAACCUCCUCACUACUGACUUUGUACGCAUGCGGUUCUUGGAGUACUGGCCGGUAUAUGGCACUAAUCCCCUCGAAUUUGAGUUCUUGUGGGGCUCUAGAGCCCACAGGGAAAUCACAAAGAUGGAGGCCCUGAAAUAUGUGGCAGAAGCCCAUGAUGAAGAACCCUGGAGCUGGCUAGAGGAAUAUAACAAGGCUCUGGAAGCUGACAAGGCCAAAGAAAGAAGCCAGGUUGCUGGCUUAGAGUUCUGGUCAGAGGACACUAUGAAUGAUAAGGCAAAUGAUUUGGUCCAGCUAGCCAUUAAUGUCACAGAAGAACUUCUGCCUAUACAUCAGGAUGAGCUAUUGGCUCAUACUGGCAAAGAAUUUGAGGACGUGUUCCCAAAUAUCCUCAGCCGAGCUACCCUAAUCCUGGAUCUAUUCUAUGGGUUCUCUCUGAUUGAGGUUGAUACCAGUGAGCACAUUUAUCUCCUUGUUCAGCAACCAGAAUCAGAAGAAGAGCAAGUAAUGCUAGAGAGCCUGGGGAGACCCACUCAAGAAUAUGUGAUGCCGAUCCUGGGUUUAAUCUUCCUGAUGGGCAAUCGUGUCAAAGAGUCCAAUGUCUGGAACUUGCUUUGUAGAUUCGGAAUGGAUAUAGGGAGAAAGCAUGCCAUCACCUGUAAGCUUAUGAGGCAGCGCUAUCUGGAAUGCAGGCCGCUGUCUUACUCUAAUCCAGUUGAAUAUGAGCUUCUGUGGGGUCCCCGAGCUCACCUUGAAACAACCAAAAUGAAAGCUUUGGAGUACAUGGCCAGGCUCUACAGAAAGCGACCACAGGACUGGCCAGAGCAAUACAGGGAGGCUGUUGAAGAUGAGGAGGUCAGAGCCAGAUCUGAGGCAACUGCCAGGUUCUUCUUUGGCCCUGUGUGAAAUCUGGUGAAGAUGUAUAACUUCAGUUAAGUGGUGUCAUUUAAAAGGGCCCUGGAAAAUGG